UAUCUUCAAAAGCUGGAGGAAAAGCUGUCCAAAGCGAACGUCUUCAGCCCCCUUUUGUGUACAAUGAAGCAACUUUUCACAAAUAUGGAUAAGGUGUUCGUUUUAUCGGAACUACUGCUGUUGGCUGAAAAACCCAGCAUCACCCUCAACUUACGAAAGAUGCAGAUUUGGGAGGAAUUUCCAGAAACACCCAAGGAAAUCUUCAAAGCUUUCAGGGAGCUGAUUUUCGCUGACAAUAAUCUGCGGUCUAGUCUUACCGAUGCUUCUACGAGCAAACUGGAAUGCACUUACACUUUCUACUAUGGAAGCAACAACCAAGAAUGGAUCGACGAAUUUGUUAAGAAAGCAAAGAUUGUGAUUAAUGAUCCGUGCAUAAAGGACAUGAAAGAUGUUGACAUAGAGUUGUGUCGCAUUGGAGAAUUAAUAAAAAGAAAAAGUAAGGAGGCCCAAGAUUUAUCAGACUUAAUCAAACGUAGUGGAAAGAAAGUCCCACAUGACUUGCGACAUUACUUCGUGUCUGGGUCUGAUGGACGGUUUGUGUUGACCUCAAUGAUCCGCAACCACGAAAAACUGCUGCUCGAUGAUAGUGGGAGAACGAUCCUGAAGGUCUUGGAAGAGUUUGAGCAGUGGAAGAAUAAUAUUGUGCAAAACAAAGACUUCGAAGAAAGUUUCAUCGAUUAUUAUCAGAAGAUAUCCUCGUUGAUCGCUGGCGGAGAAGAUAUCAAGAGCAUAUGAAAUGCACUACUUCAUGAGUUGGUGCCUAGACCUAUCUCUCUAUUUAUUCAAAUGCCCAACCCAAAUAAUUAAAGACUUAUUUGUCUAAAUUUUAUUCAAUGUGUAAUGCUGUAAUAUUAAAGGCCGCCAUCUUGAUUGCAUUAUUGUGAAAU